AUGACCGAACGAAUUAGUACUACUGCACCAACUAUAGGCGACAAACCGUGGUAUCAUUAUCCCGUCGGCGAUAUUCCAGACGACACCUUGCGCCACAUUGUUUCCAGCUUCAAUGAACGCUUCAACCAGGCCGCGCUUUCCUCACGGGAAAACUACGCCGCGAAUACGUUCCUGCCUGCGUACAAUAAGGUCGUCCGUGCCUGGGAGCAGGAGCCCAACAUCUAUCCCACUCAGCUGCCCGUCGCCGAAGUACCACCCUAUCCGGCCACUCCCCAUCCAUCGAGGAUCGAGUUUUUCCGGGUGGUCUACGACCUCCUGGAUCGGAAACCCACUUGUAUUGAAGAUCACCUGAAUGCCGAACUGGCAGCGCAGCGCGCCAUCGAGUGGUUCGUGGAGUGCAAAAUUCCGCAUGUCAAUGGUCCAGAAGUCUCCCUAGAGAUCAAAACAUGGGGUGCAGAUGAGCUAUACAGGCAUAUCUGGGGCGCAGAUGGGGAAGGGCCUCUGGGUCGUCUCCGCUCCGUUGUAGGGAAAUCGGUCUCGAUUGACGGCAUCGAGUACAAAAUCCAUGCCUGCUUCACUGCGACUGAGGACAUUGAUCCCGUGUACGAGCUACAUGCCGUGGAUAGCCCGCAGGAUAAGAGAUACGUCCCUCUACCGGAAUUGGAGAACCUGAUGGGACGGAUUAUACUCUGA